CACCUGGCCUCCUUUGUCUCUCGAAUGGCUUAGUUUCACACAGCGCACCAAGUAAUCAUUUAAGGCUGAGUCGACCUUAGGGAGUCCCAAGAAUUACUGAGAUAACCCCUGUCGUGGUGCUGGCCGCCCAUCCCCACUUGUGUUCCGUGCCGGCCUUCAUCGGUACAACCCGCCAAACAGCCAGCGCUUGCCCCUACAGGCUGUUAAAGGCUAUACGGGGGAUCCCCUUUGCCCGUACGCACACGGACCCCAGUGUUAACAUCGCAGCGAUGCCUCUCCCGUCUCUCUUACAGAUGUCUCAGAGCGUGGCGCCCGUGUCUGCUCGCCAGCCCGAGAAGCUGGCCAUCAAAGACUUCCAGGUGGGAGACCUGGUGCUCAUCAUCCUGGACGAGCGGCACGACAACUACGUCGUCUUCACGGUGGGGCCCACCCUCUACUUCCUGCAUGCCGAGUCGCUGCCGCCACUGGAGCUGCGCCCCGUCCCUGGCGUGCCACGCAAGCCCUGGGUGCUGGGCAGGAUCACCGAGAAGGAGUACUGCCAGGCCAAGAAGGCCCAAAACCGCUUCCGCGUCCCGGUGGGGACCAAGUUCUACCGGGUCAAGGCCGAGCCGUGGGGCCGCCGGAGCUCCGUCGGGCGGUCCACGCCGCCACAUCCACCGCCACCGCAACCGCCACAGGCGGACGCGGCCUCGGGCUCCUCGCUCGCUGGGCCCACCGUCGGCGGCGGCCCUGGGGCGGACGACUUCCCCGCCCUAGGGGGCCACCCCCUCCCCUAGGGCGGCCACCACCUCCUCCUGCCCUCGCCGCCACCGCCAUCGCCUCGCCUCCUCCCCGGCCCGCGAGCCCCGCGUGUGGCCCAGGUGCGGGCCGUGAAGGUCACGACCGGCCCCCUGUCCGGUUGUCGCGGUCGAGAUUUAUUUUUGGUGGAAUUGUCAAAUCGGCGGGUCGGGGGGAGGUGGUGGGUCCAGAGUCGGUGUCUUCACGGAUGCCAGGCUUGUGCCGUCACUUCCUUCCGUCUGCCGGAUCUCGCGACGGCGACGGCGAUGGCGAAGUCCCACGUUGUGCUACGCUUCGUCUGGAUCUCUGGGAGUUCCGUGCAUCGCACCUCGUCGCUCGUUCGGAUUGACAGCUUGUCGAUCGUAAUCGCAACCUUCCCCUUCCCCCCCCCACCCCGUGUUGGAUUGGUCAAAAGUCGUUUGGCGGGCACUUUCCAAUUGGCUAAACUGAGUCCCCGAAACCUCCCCCCCCCCCCCCCCCCCUCCUGUGGGCUCGGGCUCCACCCCCCAAAGCUUCAAGCUGAGACGAACAGAAUGGGAACGUAUUCCGGAAUCGAUUUAUAUACGUUAAAAAAAAUAAUCAUCAUGAGGCGUCCGGCUUUUACUUUAUUUUGCAUGAGCGUCUGCGGGCAUGCUCGCGCACGUGUGCAUGUGUGCUCUAUAUGCACGUGCGUCCACACGCGUACGUGCGCGCGUGUCAAUCCCUAGGCCCAAUCCUGGAAUUGAUUCCCAAAUCGUUUUUAUUUUUCUAAAUCCGUUGAUUGAGAUUGUCCUCCGCAAAAAAACAAAAUGAAGCGAAGCCGUCUUAACUAUCGAGCGAACGCGUGAAUGCACAACUGAACAAGCAUCUCGUUAAUUUAACUUCGUAAAAGUAUUGUUCGAUCAGGGGUGCGACGAUUACCCUCAUCCCCAGCAAUCCGACGAUCCAGGGUCCGCGGUUUGAUUCCAGGUACACGGUAUUUUUUUCAUAUGUGUUUUUUCCCGCCAUGAAUUGCUAGCACAUCCGGUGGCUGCAGGGGGGUUUGCAUGAACGCGCCACCCGUGCCGACAGCUCACAACCCGUGGUUUCGCGCGCGCGCGAUGCCAUGCCAUUGAGAUGUCGUAACAUCCCGGGUCGUGUAAAGCGACUGCAGCAUGUGGGCAAGGCCAAGCCGAGGCAAGGGUCACAACAAGGGUCACAACAAGGGUUAUAACAAGAGAAGAAGUGGCUCUGUGGGAUCUAAGCCAGUGGUCAGCAUCCUCUGAGUUGACAUAGCCAUUGUGAAUCUCCCCACCCCCCCCCCCUCCCUCCCAAGACAGACCUUGUCCCAGGGGUACGAAGCCAGGUUCUUUCCACUGCUGGCUCAGCGACUCUUCACGUGGCCGUUACAUGAACCUCCUGAAAAUAUUCAUGAAGAAAACAAUCCAGACCCGAGGGGGCUCUGACCAAGGAUAUGGAGCCUCUCUCCGGCAUUGCCAUUAUGAACCCGCCGGGAGAGAGAGAGAGAGAAAGAGAGACACGGGAGAGAGAUUCGGGAGAGACAGGGCCGUUGCGAACCCCUCUGUGUGUGUGUGUGUGGGGGAGAGAGAGAGAGAGACACGGGAGAGAGAUUCGGGAGAGACAGGGCCGUUGCGAACCCCUCUGUGUGUGUGUGGGGGAGAGAGAGAGAGAGAGAGACGCGCGUGACCACAGAGGACAUCAAUUCGUGGGCAGAAAAUAUAAAGAGAAUCCAUCUGGCAAGAUGGAACAAGCGCCAGAGAUUGUGGCGUGCGUGCACCAUGCACGCCACCCGCACCACACACGCGCGCUCCGUCCUGCACACAAAUUGCGGGACGGAUCUCAGCCGCCGCAUCCUCCGCAGCCAGAACGGUGCCACGCCUCUCCCCUGCCUCCCUCCGUCGGUCCUGAGCUAGCAGUGGAAAUUCCAUAUUACCGUGACAUGACGUGACCCCUCUCCUCCCCCCCCCCCCCCCAAUUCUGCUCGAGUUGAUAUUCGGAAAGAAAGUGAGAGAAACCCUGGCUCGUGAAUCGAAAUCGGUGUCUCCGACACGGCCCCCUUCUCUCGAGUGAAACUGAAAGAGACCCAGACCCAGCGGUCCGACUCGGGCUCUUGGCGUGUUGACAUCACCUUUAUUGUGAACCCCACCAAGAGAUUUGAGAAUGAACCCGAGACCCAGAUGCAGCAAUUGAACCCCGGUUCUCGGCAUCUCCGACACGGCGAUCAUGGAAACAGCCCAAGACAGAGAGAGACCCAGACCCAGGGAUCAGACCUAGGGAUCAGACCCAGGUGCUCGGCCUAGUGUCGCGAAAAUCUCGUGCCAGGGUGACUCUGUGAGCCAGCGGAAAUCGGAUCUGUUUGGAGGUCUUUGAACUGUUUGGUGGAAAUUUCACGUUCACAUGGCAGGGGCCAGGUUCACUUUCUGUAAGGAUGGUAACACUGCUGCCUAGGGGGAAGGGAGAGAGAGCGGAGGAGGAGGAGGCGGCGGUGGUGGAGGUGGGAGUUGAUGGGUUGUGCAGUUAUUUUGGCUUCGUUAUUUUGCUGUUCUAAAAUUACUCCCAAUCAAUCGCCAUGGCUUGCGGUGCUGCUGUGCGUGCGUGUGUGAAUGUGUGUACGUGCGCCCGGUUGUGUGCGAGUGUAUCUGUGAGAGCGUGUGUCUGUGCGAGUGUAUUUGUGCGUGAGAAUGUGUA